CUGGAAACUCCCCCAAGAUCUUAAGUAUAAAUGCUUCCUGGGAACCUAUUGUUGCUGGGUGGAGGCUGAGCUAAGGUCAGGAGUAUUUUCCAGGGAAGAAGGAGCCCAGAAGCAUGUCGGGGAAGCCCAGGCUUACCUACCUGAAUGGAAGAGGCCGAAUGGAGCCUGUACGAUGGCUGCUGGCAGCAGCAGGUGUGGAGUUUGAAGAAGUUUUUCUGGAAACAAGAGAGCAGUAUGAAAAGUUAAUCAAAGAUGGAGUCUUGAUGUUCCAGCAAGUGCCCCUGGUUGAGAUUGAUGGGAUGAAGAUGGUGCAAACCAGAGCUAUCCUCAGCUACAUAGCAGGGAAAUACAAUCUCUAUGGGAAAGACUUGAAGGAGAGAGCCCUGAUUGACAUGUAUGUGGAAGGAAUAUCAGAUCUGAUGCAUAUGAUUUUGAUGUUUCAUUUCUCUCCACCUGAUGCAAAGGAGAAAAAUAUUGACUCAGUUAAGGACAGGGCAACUAACAGGUACUUCCCAGUCUUUGAAAAGGUUUUGAAACAACAUGGUCAAGACUUUCUUGUGGGCAACAAAUUCAGCUGGGCAGAUGUUCAGCUAACUGAAGCCAUUUUAGCAGUGGAGGAGAAAAUACCUGCUGUGCUGUCAGAGUUUCCACAGUUGCAGGCUUUUAAAGUAAGAAUGACCAAUAUGCCUACAAUUAAGAAGUUCCUGCAGCCUGGCAGCCCAAGGAAACCACCACCAGAUGAUCAUUAUGUAGAAACUGUGAUUAAGAUUUUUAAGUUAUAAGCUCCUUGAGACCUUCAGUGAUACUGAAUCCUCCACACCCCUCAAAAAAACCAGAAACCAAAUAAAACAACAAACUAAAGGAAAUAGGAAGCUCAGGAAAUUAGCAUUAUUGUACUUAAAAAUGAUCAUUAAAAAAAUAAUAAAGCAUUUUGAUUACUCUGGCAA